UCUUCUUCUUCUUAUUCUUCAACCUUUCCUUCCCUAACAAUGGCUGAUAAUACCACAGUCUGUGUUACUGGCGCCUCUAGCUUCAUCAGCUCAUGGCUCACCAUGCAGCUCCUCCACCAUGGCUACUCAGUCAAGGCCACCAUUAACAAUCCUGAGGAUUUGGAGAAGGUGAAGUACUUGUUAGAGCUGCCAGGAGCAGAGCAAAGACUAACAUUAUGGAAGGCUGAUUUGAGUAUUGAAGGAAGCUUUGAUGAAGUCAUUAAUGGUUGUGUUGGAGUCUUCCAUGUUCCCCCAAGAAUUGAUCUCAAUGUCAAUGACAUUGAAAAUGAUUUGAUUAAGCCAACCAUUGAUGGAGUUGUGAAUUUGUUCAAGUCUUGUGUUAAGGCAAAGACUGUCAAAAGAGUUGUGUACACUUCCACGGCAGCAACUGUUAAUAUUCAACCAUUCAGGAAGACUGUUUAUGAUGAGACUUCCUGGACUGAUGUUGAAUUUUGCAAGAAUGUUAAAAUGACUUCUUGGAUGUAUUUCUAUGCUAAGACAGUAGCAGAAAAGGCAGCAUUAGAAUUUGCUGAAAAAAAUGGAUUGGAUCUUGUUACUGUGCUUCCAUCAGUAAUCAACGGGCCAUUCCUCAUGUCUACUGUACCGUUGACAAUGGUUGCGGCACUCGCAUUGAUAACAAAAUGGAAAUUUGCAGGGAAUGAAUCAUUCUACUAUGUACUGAAUCCUGCUCAAUUUGUGCACUUGGAUGAUCUUUGCAAUGCUCAUAUAUUCUUAUUUGAGCAUCCAGAAGCAAAAGGAAGAUACAUUUGCUCUUCAGAAAAUGUGACAAUAACUGAACUUGCAGACUUUCUAAGAGAAAAAUAUCCAGAAUACGAAAUUCCUACAAAAAUUGAAGGCAUCGAUGAAGUUAAAGAUGUGAUCAAGUUAUCAUCGAAAAAACUUUUGGACUUAGGAUUUGAGUUCAGGUAUAGUUUGGAUGAUAUGUAUGAUGGAGUUUUCAAGUCAUGUAGGGAGAAAGGUUUGCUUCCUCCCCUGCCAAAAAAAGACUAGCCCAACAAGGGCAUAUAUGAUCAGGUUGGAAAUUGGAAGAAGUUGUUGGUGAAGAUCAUGACUUUGGUUCACUUGCAUCAAAGAAGUUGGUGGAGCUUGAUCUUGAGUUCAAGCUGAUGCUCUUGCUUCCUCUUCGGACACACCCACUUGUGUGCUUUCUACCCUUUUAAAGCGGAACAAUAGUCUACUAAUGUAUUUUUUUUUUAAAAAAAAUAAAUCAUAAAUUUAGUAGAAUUAAACAAAAGUUACAACACAAAACAGAGAGAACUUGGAACAAGAAAAAUAGAAAUGGCUGCAAUUGUUUACU